GGCGGCGGCAUGCGGCUCGGGCGGCUGCUCGUGCUGCCCACCGCGGGCUGAGGCGGCCGCAACACAGGCGGGCGCGGCGGCCGGGCGAGCCGGGGGCGCAGCCAGCGCGGGGACCGCUCACCGCGGCCGGGGCUCCGUGCCAUGGGCCAAGCCGGGGGCGGGGGCCCGGGCUGGGGACCGCCACUCAUGCUGCUGUUUCUAGGGGCCGCGCUGGUUCUCGCCGCGGGGGCCGUUCCCGCGCGCGAGGCCGGCGGCGCCGUUGAGGCCAAGGAGCUGAGGAGCGGCCUGGCGCGGGAGCCGCGUGCCAACGCCACGCAGGACGAGGCCAGCCCGCCGGCUGCCGGGGAAGAUUCUGAGCCGGGCGCGGUGGUGCCUGAGGAAGCACUGGAGGCGUCGGCUGCAGUGACAGGCACCACCUGGCUGGAGGUUGACAGCCCUGGCCUGGGCGCAGUGACCGCAGAGGUGGGCAGUGGUGACACCCAGGCCCCCCCAGCUACACUGCAGGCCCCCCAGGAGGCCCCUGAUCAGUCUACGAAGCCUCCCACCACCUCUGAGGCACCAGAGGCCAGCGGACCACCUUCCCCCACCCCUGAAGACAAGCUGAGCCCAGACCCCGAGCUCCCCAAGGAGAGGCCCUUGGAGGUUUGGCUGAACUUGGGGAGCAGCACACCUGAGCCCCAAGGGUCAGAGCCCCCCUACCCCUUUCAGGGCACGCAGGAGCCCCAGCCUGCCUCCGAUAUCAUUGACAUUGACUACUUCGAAGGACUGGACGGGGGGGGUCGUGGCGCUGAGCUGGGGAGCUUCCCGGGGUCACCUGGAACCUCCGAGAGCCACUCUGAGAGCGAGGGAGAGACCCCCUCCUGGAGCCUGCUUGACUUGUACGAUGACUUCACCCCCUUUGAUGAAUCUGAUUUCUACCCCACGACGUCCUUCUAUGAUGACUUGGAGGAAGAGGAUGAUGAAGAGGAAGAGGACAAGGAUGCAGUGGGAGGCGGCGACCUGGGAGAGCCCAACGACCUCAUGGGGCCCACUCAGAAGCCUGGUGUGGGGCGCACUCUGGGGUUGGUCCCCGGCAGCAGCAUUAUCGCCCUCAGACCCCGCCCGGGAGAACCUGGCAGGGACGAAAAUGGCACCAAGUGCCGCAAUGGCUUCGUGCGACAGAACGGCUCCUGCCGGUCCGUGUGCGACCUCUUCCCCAGCUACUGUCACAAUGGCGGCCAGUGCUACCUGGUGGAGAACAUAGGGGCCUUCUGCAGGUGUAACACGCAGGACUAUAUCUGGCACAAGGGGAUGCGCUGCGAGUCCAUCAUCACCGACUUCCAGGUGAUGUGCGUGGCCAUCGGCUCGGCCGCGCUUGUGCUGCUCCUGCUCUUCAUGAUGACGGUGUUCUUCGCCAAGAAGCUGUACCUGCUCAAGACAGAGAACACAAAGCUGCGGAGAACCAACAAAUUCCGGACCCCGUCUGAGCUGCACAAUGACAACUUCUCCCUCUCCACCAUUGCCGAGGGCUCUCACCCAAACGAUGACCCUAGUGCACCCCACAAAAUCCAGGAGGCACUCAAGUCCUGCCUGAAAGAGGAGGAGUCAUUUAACAUCCAGAACUCCACAUCGCCCAAACUUGAGGGCGGCAAAGGUGACCAGGUGGACUUGGAGGUGAACUGUCUUCAGAACAAUCUAACCUAAAACAAGAUAGAGCGAGGGGAGAGAGGAAGCUGGGGCGGGGCGGCGGGGGUGGGGGAAUGGGGCAAGGGACCGAUGGUGUUCUCUUGUACAGAGUCUAUUUCUUGUAACCAUUUGUUAAAACUCUUUCCUUUUUUUCUGGUUUCAUGGCAUGCAUUGAUUGUAUUUUAUACAGGAGGUGGGAGGGGGAGGGAAAACCCACAUACUCAAAAUAAGCAAAGAAACGGAACAGAAUUGCAUACGCUGGAUUGUUUUGUCUGUGCUGUCUGUACAUGGCUCCUGCCAACGUGAUUUCUAAACCUAUGCUGUUAUUCAACUGACUUUUUUUUUUUGUAUUUUGACCCACCUUUUUUUGAAAUACCAGUUUAAAACAAAACAAGUUCUUGAAAUAAAACUUUUUAAAAAGCUA